UUGCUCCUUUCUUUAUCUCUUCCUGUCUGGGUCUUCUGUCCUCAUGGGCGAUAAUUUAGCACGUGCUCUCAAUUACCAACAUCUUCCCUCAAGUUUCUGAUCUCGAGUUUUCAUCACUCAAGCUGAGGAUUUGCAACCAGAGAACUUACUUGCUCUCAAAGAACAAAAGGCAAGUAUCAAAGAAAAAAUGACAAGACCGUCGAAGUCAAAGUCUAAGUCAAAGAAAAACCGCAAUCAGUCUAAGGCUAAUUCUACCAUGACUCAGUCUGAAAACUCAUCGAACUGUUCAACACCAGAAACUAUUCCUGACCAAUAUGCCUGGGAUUGGCAAUCAACAAAAUCUGAGCUCAGGGAACGAUUCGAGUACAUUUUUCAGAACAGUCUCUUUUGCGAUGCUCAUUUUAUUGUGGGUCAGGACACAAACCGUCAAACAAUAAGUGCUCACAAGUUGGUGCUUGCUGCUAGCAGUGUAGUUUUUCUCACUAUGUUUAGUGAAAAAUGGUCAACUGACCGCCCAGAAAUCACGGUACCUGAUGUCGAUCCAACGGCUUUCAAACAAAUGCUCCAAUUCUUGUACUCUGAUGAUAUUUCCCUGACGGUAAAAAAUGUUUCCUCCGUCCUGUACGCUGCUAAAAAAUAUUCUAUCCUCGCUCUAGAGAACAGGUGUGCAAAUUUUCUACUUGAUCAGUUGUGUGUGGAAAAUUCAUUCAGUAUCCUGAUCCAAGCAAGAUUGUUUGAUCUUCAAAAAGUAGUUGACGCAAGCUUGAAGGUCAUCGCAGGUGAUACAGAGGAAGCUCUGAUGGCCGAUGACUUUCUGAAUAUUGAUUUUGAAACCUUGUGCUUGAUUUUGAAACGAUCCGAUUUGAAAAUAGUUGAAAUUCAUUUGUUUGAUGCCUUGUUGAGAUGGUCCGAAACAGAAUGUGAGAGAAAGAAAUUGGUAAUCAACCCUGAUAAUCAGCGCCAUGUUUUAAGAGAUGCCUUAUACUUGAUGCGAUUCCCAUUGAUGGAUCCCGAAGACUUUGCCUCCAAAGUUAUGGACUCUGGUAUUCUUUCCGAAGCAGAAGCAAAUUCCGUGUUGUUAGAUUGUAUCGGGAAGUCAAAACCUCAAAACAACAAGUUCAGCAAAAUUCCACGUCAAGCAUCCCUGGUUGUUAGUAGAUUUCAGUCAAUCGUCACAGGAGGCUCGUAUGGGGGCUCUCCGAGUAUCCAUAAUCUUGGCUUCAUGAUCAACCGCGAGGUCUCUCUCCUUGGUAUUGGACUAUACGGCUGUCUAGACCAUAAAAUUGAUUUCCAUAUUGAAAUGAAGCUAGUCGAAGAACAUGAAACCGUCUUGGGUGAAGUUGCAGGGUUUUAUGAUGGUUCAGAGAAAAUAUUUAGGGUUCUAUUUCAUGAGCCGGUUCAUUUGGGUGUUGACAUCCAAUAUCAACUCAUUGUUAAAAUCAAGGGAGAGUAUUUCCUGUACGGCUGUCAUGGGCUUGACACUGUGUCUGUAAACUUGAAUCUUGCAGAUAAAGUUACAUUUGUAUUUUACGAUGAAAAUGAUGAUAUUGCUAUAUGUGAAAAUGACCGAGGCAAAAAAACAAAUGUUUACUCUGGGCAAAUACCCGAAUUGUUGUUCCAGGUUUGAAGUCCCUUCAGCAUAAUUUUUCAGUUGUUCCUUUUCUUUUUUAGUUAUUAUCAGUCAUUAUUUUUUCCCCUCCUUGCGUUAUUCUGGGAGUAUGAAGUUUUAAAUUUUUCUGGUGUCAGUACUAUUUUUAUCUGUCCAAUAGGUUUUCUUUGAAGAGAGUAUUUUUUCUACCAUGGUUAAUAAGAUGAGCUCGAACGUUGAACUUAGAACCAACUUGAGUUUUAUUCUUAGAUACCCU